GCCUUGCAAUCCUUCCCUCGGUCCCGGACGAUGGCCAUUGUUGUUCACCGUCAUUCUGUUCCGGAUCGCUGCUCUUUCUCUCCAUGUUAGUGAGGUGAUCAAUCCUUCAAGACAGCUUCCGUGUCGCAUGGCUGGCCAAGAUCGGAUCGUCUCUGUCCCGUUGAGCACUUGAAGCUCACUUCCCCUCUCCAUCCGCUGCCUGUCCGCGAUUAUCUUCAUCCGCUCGAGGCCAUCUGUCCCUUCGCCCGACGUCUCUACCACCCCCUGCUCUUUCAAGACUCAACAUCAUGGCUGAAGGUACCUUCCUCGGUACCUGCGGUCAUUGCGCCGAGCUCCUGGCGAACGUUCCGCUCUCGGUCCUCCUCGUUACCCUGGUCGCAACUCUCGCUGGACUGUCCGUCUUGUUCUACAUCACUCUGUACACCGUUGCCCCGGUCCCGCGGAAGCCGUUCCCUGAAGAAAAGAAAUAUCGUACGCUCCUGAAGAAUGGAUCGAUCACGGAGCCCCUCGAUUUACCUUGCUGGCAAGAUGCCCUAGACGCUCAAAAACGCCCCGGUCGGGUUCUCGACCACACCUCGAUGGAGGAAGCCGACUUGUUCAUGUCAUUGGUAGUACCCGCAUACAAUGAGGAAGACCGCCUGGCGGGCAUGUUGGAAGAAGCAGUAGAUUACCUGGAAAAGGUCUAUGGCACGGUAACCAACUCUGCCAAUGGCGCUGAGACCGUUACGGCGGAAAAGGCAGUGCGUCAACGGAAACAGGCCAAUGGGCACAGCAAUGGCUCUGCGACUCAUCGUCCGGUACAUGACAACAAGGGGUGGGAAAUCAUUAUUGUCUCUGAUGGCUCCAAGGAUAAGACAGAAGAGAUAGCGUUCACAUUCGCUCGUGAUCAUCAACUCUCAAUGCACCCCAAGGGCUACGCCGGCCCUUGGACUCCGGGGACGCAUGAGGGUGUCCGCAUUCCCCCGGGCACUAUCCGGGUGGUGUGCCUGACAGAGAACAGGGGCAAAGGUGGAGCCGUCACCCACGGCAUGCGACAUGUCCGUGGCCAGUAUGUUGUAUUUGCAGAUGCCGAUGGAGCAAGCAAAUUCGAGGAUCUAGGAAAGCUUGUCGCGGCCUGCCAGGAAACCGAGGACGCGAAAGGACGCGCAGUGGCCGUUGGAUCGCGGGCGCACAUGGUGGGAAGUGAAGCUGUAGUCAAGCGCUCGAAGCUGCGCAACUUCCUCAUGCAUUCAUUUCAUCUGAUCUUGUGGCUGUUGACACCCUCCAAGACGGCCACUAUCAAGGAUACGCAAUGUGGAUUCAAAUUGUUUUCCCGGGCGUCGCUGCCGUACAUUAUUCCUUAUAUGCACUCCGAGGGAUGGAUCUUCGACGUGGAGAUGCUUAUGCUCGCCGAAUUUGCCGACAUCCCCGUGGCCGAGGUGCCCGUUGGAUGGAGAGAGGUCAAGGGCAGCAAGUUGAAUGUAAUCCGCGAUAGCAUCGGCAUGGCUUGGGGGCUGGCUGUCCUGCGAGCUGCAUGGUUACUUGGCGUUUAUCGGCGUACUUGAGAUAUACAUACUGCUCUUUUAUCAGGAGACCAAAGAGAGAAGCAAAUAGAGUAGUGAAGCAGAUAACAAACAGCAUCAUCAUCAUCAUCAUCAUUG